CUCUUGACGCAGCUUUGUCUGGGCUGUGGGGCGCGCGGGGCCCUUCGCGGCCGCCUGCCUCGGCCGGGCUUUAUUUCCCUUCCCCACAGGCUCAGGCAACCCGAAGCCUCGAGAGGCGUUCAGAAGCUCGGGCGACGAAGGUUGCUGUUUUUCACAAAAAAGUAAUUUUUGUGAAAACAUCCAGAAACUGUUCUACACUGUCCAGAUAAUAGGUGGAAUUGCAGCUUAGAACAUUUUUAUAAAGAAGACCCUGAGUAAUUAAAUAUCUAAAGCCCAUUAAAUGGAGCCCAGAACAGACUGGCUUUAUGCUGAAUUAUGCUUUACAAGGAGAUACAGAACUCAACAAGAUUAGGGUGUGUGCCGGUCCAACAAAAGCCCUUGGGUCUGUUUGACUUGUUCAAGUGUCCACUGUGGAAGGUAUGUGAAUGGCCAUGCAAAAAAACAUUAUGAAGAUGCACAAAUACCCUUAACCAACCACAAGAAGUCAGAAAAGCAAGAUAAAGCUCAGCAUACAGUGUGUAUGGAUUGCAGUAGCUACAGUACAUAUUGUUAUCGCUGUGAUGAUUUUGUGGUUAAUGACACCAAGCUGGGACUGGUACAGAAAGUCAGAGAACACUUACAGAACUUGGAAAACUCAGCUUUCACAGCUGACAGGCAUAGGAAAAGAAAACUUUUGGAAAACUCAUCUCUAAACAGCAAGUUAUUAAAAGUAAAUGGAAGUACCACUACCAUUUGUGCGACAGGCCUUCGGAAUUUGGGCAACACAUGUUUCAUGAAUGCCAUCCUUCAGUCACUCAGUAACAUUGAGCAGUUUUGCUGUUAUUUCAAAGAACUGCCCGCUGUGGAGUUAAGGAAUGGGAAAACAGCAGGAAGGCGAACAUAUCACACCAGGAGCCAAGGGGAUAACAAUGUGUCUUUGGUAGAAGAGUUUAGAAAAACACUCUGUGCUUUAUGGCAAGGCAGCCAAACUGCAUUUAGCCCGGAAUCUUUGUUUUAUGUUGUUUGGAAGAUAAUGCCAAAUUUUAGGGGCUAUCAGCAACAGGAUGCCCAUGAAUUCAUGCGCUACCUUUUGGACCACCUACACUUGGAACUUCAGGGUGGUUUCAAUGGAGUAUCCCGCUCAGCAAUUCUGCAGGAGAAUUCUACUCUGCCUGCAAGUAACAAAUGCUGCAUAAAUGGAGCAUCAACUGUUGUUACGGCUAUAUUUGGAGGCAUUCUCCAGAAUGAGGUCAACUGCCUCAUAUGUGGGACAGAGUCAAGGAAAUUUGAUCCAUUUCUAGACCUUUCAUUGGAUAUUCCAAGUCAGUUCAGAAGUAAGCGCUCUAAAAAUCAAGAAAAUGGACCAGUUUGUUCAUUACGAGAUUGUCUUCGAAGUUUUACUGAUUUAGAAGAACUUGAUGAGACAGAGUUAUAUAUGUGCCAUAAAUGCAAAAAGAAACAAAAGUCCACAAAAAAGUUCUGGAUUCAAAAACUGCCUAAGGUGCUAUGCUUGCAUUUGAAAAGAUUUCAUUGGACAGCAUAUUUAAGAAACAAAGUUGAUACUUACGUAGAAUUUCCACUGAGAGGCUUAGACAUGAAAUGCUACUUACUAGAGCCUGAAAACAGUGGCCCAGAGAACUGCCUGUAUGACCUUGCUGCUGUAGUGGUGCACCAUGGUUCUGGGGUUGGUUCUGGACAUUACACGGCAUAUGCAACUCAUGAAGGCCGCUGGUUCCAUUUCAAUGACAGUACUGUAACACUGACUGAUGAAGAGACAGUUGUGAAGGCAAAGGCCUACAUCCUUUUUUAUGUGGAGCGCCAGGCUAAAGCUGGAUCAGAUAAACUUUAAUACCUCCUCUGAAUCAUUAUUCAUCAACUAUACCGGGCAACAUUUCCAAUUUUCCAUAAAUACUUGAUCUAAGAUUUAAUUUCAUUAUGCACUUUUCAAUUUCCUGUUUUGGGUUUAGUUUUGUCAUUAGUAGUGACUUAUUGAACAUGGGCACCAACUAAUUUUUUGUUGUUCUACCAGAAAACCUCAGCAGACAUUUUGAUUUGCUGCUUUAGUUGUAAUAAUUCGAUUUUUAUAUGUAGUUUCAAGAACUUAGUUCUGUUUGCCUUUUUAUAUUAAUGUUUUCAGUUCUCACUUCAAGCACAUUUACAUCAGUGCUUUUGUUACUCUCACAUGCUGAAAGCAAGGCACGCUCUUGAGUGUGAAGAGUGACAUAACUGCCUGCUGCCUUUUUACAGCUGGGAUGGAUCAGGUUGACUCCCAAUCAAGGAUCAUGUGUGUGCGGAAUUUGUGGCCCAUAAGAUUUCACAGUGAAUGCUCAGUAAUCAUUCUUUUUGACUGUAAAAGAUAACUGAGAGUGCAUCCUUAAGUAGACCAGGUAAUUGCUGCUGGUGGUGUCUCAUGGCUGCUGAUUAUCAGCAAUAACUAAAUAAAUUUUUUGGUCCAGUUAUACCUGUACUGCAGAUUAAAAAAUUACUCUAUUUUCUGGGUUUUUCAGUUUAUAGAGUUUUUGUGUUUUCAUGGGGGGAGACAGGUCAGGAAUACAGAAAAAUCCAAAUAAGAACAAAUAUGUCAUAAUGUUUAAAAACGUCUGUGAGUCUGUUGCAUGGUACAGGUGCUAUCUGGUGAGAAAAAUCAUAGCUUCUCUUUGCCUUUUUGAAUCAGCAUCUAAAUCCCCCUUUAGUUGUAGCACUGGGAGUAACUGCAUGUCUACUUUAGACUUGCUUCUUUCUUGGCCAUCUGAGGAAGAGAUGAUCCACAAUUGAUGGUGGCCAUCACCUACACUCCAGGUGUCGUUGUGGGGUCUGCUUUUACAGAAGGAAGUUGGAGUCAUUGCUACUUUGGGUUUUAACUUUCUUGGCCUAUCCUGAGAGCAGAGCAAGUUAAAAAUAUUCUCACUUUGAAUAAGUAUAAUUUGUAUUCUUGAACUCAGUAGUGUUCGUUUCAAAAGUGUUGUCCAUAAAAAUAGGUACAGGCACUAUUUAGAUGGAGCUCAAAUUGAAAUUUGAACUCAGUCUCAUUUAAAGAAGGCAUUUGUGAUUGCUCAAGGGUUCUAAGACAGCUCUUUAAUUUUGAGGGGUGAUGGCAUUACUUGUAAAUUAUUUGGGGAGAGUAGGAUUGCCAGCACAGGCAUGCAGGCAUUGAACUGCAUGCCAUUUUCUUGUUCAUUUCUUGUCCCUGCCAUUCUUUCCUUCCUUUUCUCAACAAAGGACAAAAUACAUUUCAUGUUCAGCCAGGCAAGCAGACUUUUUGGCAAUCCUAUUUUCUUUUUUUUUAAUUUAAAGGAAAAAUAGUCAAAACUUUUUCUAGUGUAUGAAUGUAAAAGAAAGUCUGAUGGCUUUCCUCCUAGGUCAGUUGUUUAUAGUUAUAGGAGCAGAGGUGGCUUCUUUUCCUUCUGGAUAAAUCCCACAUUCUCUCAGAGCAGAACACAUUUGCUGGAUAAAUGUUUUAAUACGACAAAGAGCAAACGGCAGUUAUGUCUAAACUUGUGUUAUCUAAUAUGAUGGCCAUAUGUGGUUAUUUAAAUUUAAAAUUCAGUUCCUCACUCAUACUAGCGUCAUAUCUCAAGUGUUCAGCGCCCAUACCUGGCUAAGAUUGCGCAGGUCUAGGACAUUCCACAAUGGAUAGAGUUCUCUUGGACAACACUGGCCUAAGUUUUCACUCCAGAGAGUAAAACUUUAGGUCUUACAGUUAAGAAUCAGAGUCCUAGCAGGUAAUUAGCAUUUAAAAUAAUUUACAGCACCAAAUUAUAUUAGGUGGAACUAUAUGCAAAUAUAACAUUUGGUCUACAGAAAUGAGUUGGACUGAUUUAUGCUAAUCUAUCAAUCAGUACAUUAAAACACAUAUAACUGAAAAGUAAGUCUCCUCUGACCUUGCUUAGUUCUGCUGUGAGUCAGGCUCUUUGGCUCAGAAGGUAGACAGCUAGAUCAUCUAACAUCACACUUAGGACUCCAGUCUUGGCAUGGGCACUGAGAUGACUGAACAGUAAAGACUGGCAGAAUCCAUACUGAUGAAGACAUGUCUUUUCAUACUAAGUGGAACUUAGUGGCAGGCUGGACUACUUUGUUGGAGAAAGUGGUCUUCAGCCAGGCAGUACUGUUGGUUUAUGUGAAGAACACACCUCCUCUUUGAAUUUUUGUAGCAUUUUUAUUGCUCAAUUUUAAGCAGAAUAUUUAGAGUGGUAUCAUGAAGACUCUUGGAAAGUGAUUGGAUCCAUCCGAGUGCCCAUGAUGUAAAUGUGCCUAUUUGUAUUUUCAUCCUGUAGUUGUAGCCUUAUCAUACCGUGGUUAAUGGAUCUUUCUUUGCUCUUCAGGGCUUUUUCCGCGCCAUGUUGUCUCUAACCUGAAUGUGGCUUCUUGCUCAGAACUUAUGCUGAGGCAGGGCCUCAUGUCAUGUGGCUCCAUGGAACAGGAAAUUCUCAGAAGUCCUCCCACACAGGUGGGAAUAGAAACAGUUUGUGGCAACACAAAUCUCUCUCCAUGGUGGAGAAACCUUUGCUUAUCCACUGUAUUCUACUCAGUGUAUAGUGAUGACAGAUAUAAUAGAAUUAAACCAGUCAAGCGUGCUGGGCCUGGUUAAGUGUUAAAUAUGUGUCUCAACCUGUGGAACCUACUCAACAGCAUGGUUUCUGGGGUGGGACAUAUUUAUUUCUUAAGCCAAACCGCUCCUUCAUUGGAGAAAGGUGUCUUCAGACAGACAGUGCUGUUUUAGUGUACAUAAAUCUUUUUAGACAUAUUUAUCCCAUUGUGACUUCCACCAUCCCCUAAACUCUCUCAUGGACCCUCUGUUGCUGAAGGAGCCUCUGCACUUGGGGCCUGGAAAGGCUCAUAGCAAGGCCUUUUCCCGCAGUCAGGUUGUGGGUCCCCUGUGACCAGGUGUGGCCAUUGGAUGAUGCCCCUGGCCCAGGAAGGAGCAGUGUGUGUGUGGAAUUGUCUCUGGUCCAGGUCUCUGCACCUCAUCACUGGUGCAGAACCUCCUCAGGUGUGAGCGUGACAGCCUCCACAUGCUGGUUGUGCUGUGACGUGACUGUUUGCCAUUAAAACUUAGUGUGUAUUAUGCAAAGAGGAUUGUUUAAUUGUGCAAGUGACUGGUUCAUUCAAGUUGUAAUCACAUCCCUUUUCUGCUUCACCAGCCUCAACUAUUCUAUGGAAAGUAUCAUUAAAGGUCUGUUCUCUUUC